AUGAACAAGCAAGCAGCCAUUCAACUGUUGAAACCAGCCUUGUUGCGCAGGCCUAGAAUUCACAAGAUCAGAGUCUCCGCUUGGUUCUCUAACAACCACAACGAACCUCGGAAACCGUUACAAACCCUUAUCCACCUUAAGAGUCCAAAGCCGAAGUUGCACGCAUCAUCGCAUUGCGGCGCAAGACCACCACUCUCUACCCGCUUUCUCACGACCCAGCCACACCGACAUUUUCUUGGAGGAGCCCUCAGUAAUCCGUCCUGCUCUGUCACGAACUCUUUGAACUGCAGCUUCGCCUCUUCAGCUGCAACUAUUUUCAUUUGCACCGGAGCGGUCUUCUUCGCCCUGUAUUGCGGUAACAGUGGACAGUCCAGAGACGAAGAGGGAACAGCAAAGACAUUACCAAGAUCAAAAGAUAGCAAAGAAACCCAAAUCGCAGAUAUGACUGGAGAAUCACUUCCUGGUCGACCGGGAACGCUCACCGCAGAACAGGAAGAAUCGCUAAAGCAGUUCUGGACUGCAGUACUUCAAGUAUUCGGCUUGCUGGAGAAAGACGUGAACGAUGCAUCUAGUGAUAAUGGCAGAGCUCGAUCAGAUACCUCCGACUCAACAAAGCCGAAGAAGAAGAGAAUGUCACUGUUUAGGAAGAAGGAUGAUGAGGCUGCCUCGAAAUCACCGACCUCGAAGUCACACGCUGCACAACCUGAGGACGAUAAAUAUGGGCAGACGAAGGAGUUUCACGAUGCUUUGGCAAAUAUGUCCCCAGAAUCACUUCGAGCCACUUUCUGGAGCAUGGUGAAACACGAUCAUCCAGACGCGUUGCUCCUGAGGUUUUUGAGGGCCAGAAAAUGGGAUGUUGACAAGGCAUUGGUAAUGAUGGUUUCAACUAUGCGAUGGAGGUCAACAGAAGUACAUGUAGAUGAUGAUAUCAUGAAAAAUGGAGAGCUUGGCUCUCUCAAUGACGCAAACAGCAGUGAUCCGGCAAAGAAGAAGUUCGGGCACGACUUUCUUGCUCAGAUGCGCUUAGGGAAGAGCUUCCUGCACGGGCUGGAUAAGGCAGGAAGACCAAUGUGCUUUGUAAGGGUACGGUUACAUAGGCAAGGUGAACAGAGUGAGGAGAGUCUUGAAAGAUACACAGUCUUCGUAAUAGAGUCUGCUCGAAUGAUCUUGUCUCCUCCUGUUGAUACAGCUUGUGUUGUAUUUGAUAUGACGGGAUUUUCCAUGGCAAAUAUGGAUUACGCGCCGGUCAAGUUCAUGAUCAAGUGCUUCGAGGCAAACUACCCAGAAUCCCUAGGUGUAGUCCUGGUUCACAAAGCUCCGUGGAUCUUCCAGGGAAUCUGGAAGAUUAUCAGAGGCUGGCUAGAUCCUGUAGUAGCUAGCAAGGUUCAAUUCACCAACAACAACGAUGAAAUGGAACAAUUCGUCCCAAAGUCCCAAAUUAUUAAGGAACUGGGCGGAGAGGAAGACUGGGAAUACCAUUACCCAGAGCCUUUGCCUGGGGAGAAUGACUUGAUGAAGGACACCGCUACUAGAGACAGGUUGCUUCAAGAAAGGGAGGUUCUUGUCAAUGACUAUGAGAAGGCCACCCUGGAUUGGAUCAAUGGAAGUAGGGACAUGGAAGCUGUGAAGACAAGACGACACGAGCUGGCCAAUAGCUUAAGAGAUGACUACUGGCGCCUGGACCCGUACGUUCGUGCUAGGUCCAUCUACGACCGUGUCGGCUUGAUACAGAAAGGCGGCAAGUUACAGUUCUACCCUAGCAAAGAGGCAAUUGCUACAUCCCUGGGGAAUGGGACAAAGGAUGCUGAGACUUCCUCCGAAGAUGUGGACUAGAAUCCCAACCCGCGACCGAUCUUGAAAUGAUGAAGCAGAUA